UGAGACUUAACUUGCUUUGAAGUAAGCAAGGGAAAAAAAAUAAAGAACCAGCUAUAUUCUAAAUAAUAGUUAUGGCUAGUUUUAGCAAGGGUGGAAGUUUUAACACCUAUAGUGACUACUCUGAUCAUGUUUGUCGCCCUGUGAUCGUUGAACAUAGUGUCGGGGGCUACAUGGUGAGAGCUCAAAGAGUUGUUGAAGUUCGUCGUAGUUAUGAUAUAAAUGGUCUUGUAGAUGGGUACAAUAUGCAUGAAGAAUGGGACGAUGAUAGUCCUAGGAAGGUCAAUGACUUCUUCCAUAAAGUUCAUGAUGAAGCUAGUCGACCAACUCAUUCCACUCUUUUGAGCCCUCCAAAGUUGAUCACUAAGAGGCCUAGUUGGAGAAGUGAAGAUCAUGACUCUCCCAAGUAUAGAGAGCAUCGCGAUUUUAGUGGCAGCCCUCUUCGUAAUAAAUUUGAAGGGUUUCACCUUCAAGAUAAUCGAGGAUCAAGUCCGUUUAAGUACAAGAAUGAUGGUUAUGCCCACUCCAUGGAUUCUCCCAAGGCUGGCCAUGUCAAGGACUAUGGGGUCAACAACACAUGGGAUUCUCCACCAAGAUCAAGGUUAACUCAUGAGGAUUGGGAUAGCAGGAGAGAUCAUGAUGAUUAUGGCAAGCCAAAAUUCAAUGGAGGUUACAAGACAACUAGUCCUCCACUUAGCCAGGCCACAAAUGAUAUAGGCACUGCCAUGAAGAUCCUUGGGGUAGGUAAUAAACCUUUGACUUCUCCAACUUAUGCACCAAAAUCACAUUUUCCAGCAUCUUACUCAACUCCACAUAUAAAAGAAAGUUACCCUGAACCAACAAAAGGAAUGAUGCCUCUGCUUUACCCUGUGCCUCAGAGGAAAGAAAGCUAUCCUGAGGCACCACAUGGCACAAAGCCUCUAUUUUCUCCUAUUCAUACACAGCAACCAUAUUCACCAACUUCAAGCCCGAUACCUCAAAGGAAAGAAAACUACCCUGAAACAAAUCCUGAACCAAAGCCUUUGUUUUCCCCUGGUUAUACACAACAAUCACAUUCACCAACUUCAAACCCGACACCUCAGAGGCCUGAGGCAUCACAUGGCACAAAGCCGCUGUUUUCCUCUGUUCAUACACAACAACCAUACUCACCAACUUCAAACUACCCUGAAACAACUCAUGGACCAAGGCCUUUGUUUUCCCCUGGCUACACACAACAAUCACAUUCACCAACUUCAAACCCGAUACCUCAAAGGAAGGAAAGCUACUCUGAAACAACACACGGCACAAAGCCUCUGUUUACCCCUGUUCAUACACAGCAACCAUAUUCACCAACUUCAAACCCGAUACCUCAAAGGAAAGAAAGCUACCCUGAAACAGCACACGGUGCAAAGCCUUUGUUUUCCUCUGGUUAUACACCACAAUCACACUCACCAACUUCAAACCCUACACCUCAAAGGAAAGAAAGCUACCCAGAAACAACACACGAUACAAACCCUAUGUUUUCCCCUGUUUCUACACAAAAAUCAACUGCAAAUUCGACCUCUCAAAACAACGAAAGUCAGCCAAAGAAGAAAAAAGGUUGGACAUCUCUGUUUUCCUCUAAUGCUAAGCAACAACCACACCCUCCAACAUCACACUCAACACCUGAUAUGAAACAAAGCUACCCUGAUCAUGAAACUCAAGGUUUCCACCCUUCAUUUUCCCCUUCUCCACAAAAGGAACGCUACAGUCCACAAAUGAAAGACCAUUACCCUGACCAAAUCCAGCGCAAUGAGUCCUUUCCAUCUCCAUAUGAAAAUACACAGGAACCGCGCUAUGGUGCAAUCGCCCCACCAGAAGAAACCCUUGAUAGCAGUGAGGCCAGGAGAAAGUAUGCUAACUUAAAACCAGUGUCACCAGCUCAGAUGAAGUACUCAGGAACAAUUGAUAGCAAGGAAGCUGUGAAAAAGUACAAUGGAGCAUUUGUUCCAUAGAGAGAAGUGCCAAGAUGUUCAGAAAUUUCACAUUUAGCUUGCCUUAUGAAGGAUGGUUUCUGCUGCAAUGAUAAUCAAACAUAUCAUAUCUAUCUUUUCUUUCUUCUUUGUGAGUGUGGUGUUGUUUUCUUGAGUGUUUUGUGUUUGAAUAAAAGCACUGAAAUAUGUUGUUGCUAAUGUGAUAAUACAGUUUGCUUAUGUACUUGUGAUUGCAUAUGAAUGAGAAAAGAGUUAUGUUUAUCA